GCCGCCCUGCUGCGCAUGCCCCGGGGCCGCUACGCCUCGCUGCGCCGCCUCGUGCCGCUGCUGGCCGACCAGAGCGAGGACUGCCUGUUCCUCAACCUCUACGUGCCGGGCAGCGGUAACCGCGGCCUGGAGGCCCCCUACGCCGUCAUCGUGUACGUCCACGGCGAGUCGUACGAGUGGAACGCGGGCAACCACUACGACGGCAGCGUGCUGGCUAGCUACGGCCACGUCGUCGUAGUCACCUUCAACUACCGCCUUGGGGUACUCGGCUUCCUGCGCACGCGCGCGGGCGGCUCCGUAGGGGACCUGGGGCUGCUGGACAUCGUGGCCGCGCUGCAGUGGGUGCGGCUCAACGUGGCGGCCUUCGGCGGCGACCCCUCCCGCGUCACCGUGGUGGGGCACGACACAGGCGCCGCGCUCGCCAACCUGCUGCUCGUCACCCCCGGCUCCAAGGGCUUGUUCCACCGCGCGGUGCUGCUGAGCGGCUCGGCCCUCAGCCCCUGGGCCGUGGUGCAGCAGCCCGAGGCGUUGCGCGCCGCCGUGGCCGACCAGCUGGGCUGCCCGUCCAGCCUCGAGGACAUCGCGCCCUGCCUGCGCUCCCGUCCCCUGGCGGCGCUGCUCGACCUGCGUCUCGAGGCGCCGCGCUUCCUGGCCCGCUUCGGGCCCUCCGGGGACCCGGCCCGCUCCAUGGAGCGGUCCGCCGACAGCUUCGUCACCUGCGACCUCAUGCUGGGCGCCACCACCGCCGAGAGCUACCUGGACUUCAGCGCCGCGGACAUCCAGUACGGCUUCGAGGAGGACCAGCGCAACCGGGUGCUGCGCACGUACGUGCGCAACGCCUACACCUACCACCUGAACGAGAUCUUCUCGACGGUGCGCAACGAGUACACGGACUGGGACAAGCCCGUGCUGCACCCCAUCAACAUCCGCGACUCGACCAUGGAGGCGCUGAGCGACGGCCACACCGUGUCGCCGCUGGUGCACGUGGGGUACCUGCACGCGCGCCGCGGCGCCAAGACCUACCUGUUCCACUUUGGCUACCAGACGAAGGACGGCGACUAUGCUCAGCGGCUGGGCAGCGUGCGGGGCGAGGACGUGGCCUUCGUGCUGGGGCUGCCGCUGGUCGGGGGACUGCCGCACUUCCCGCAGAACUUCAGCCGCCAGGACAUCGGCGUGGCUGAGGCCAUGCUGGGCUUCGUCACCAACUUCGCCAAGACCGGGGACCCCAACGAGCCCCGGGACCAGAGGCCGGACUACGGGGCCCUGAAGGAGAGGACGCGCUACAGAGCCCUGACGUGGGAGACUUACGAGACCGGCACCCAGCUCUACCUCAGCCUCACGCUGAAGCCCAAGAUGAGGAGUCACUAUCGGGGCCACAAGAUGGCGGUGUGGUUGAACCUCAUACCUCAGCUGCACCAGCCGGGAGACGAUGACGUCAGCAUGCGGCACCAUCACUUCCACGAGAGAGGCGACCACUACUACUCAGGUCUGGUGCGGCCCGAGUCGUUCACGCGCCUGCCGCCGGCGCGCCACGGCGCCACCUCGCCGCGGCCCCCGCUGGUGGAGUGCGCGCCCAACCUCACCAGCGACGACGAGGAGGAGGAGGGGGAGGGGGAGGAGGACGAGGAGGAGGAGGAGGACGAGGCGGGACUGCUGCAGCGCCUCGCCACCAGGCACUACUACAGCUACACGGCGGCCCUCGGCGUCACCGUGGGCGUGGGCUGCCUGCUGCUGCUGCUCAACGCGCUCAUCUUCGCCGGCAUCUACCACCACCAGCGCGGCCGGCGGCGGCGCGGCCGCCCCCAGCCCCAGGGGCGCAGCUCGUCCUCGUCGGGCUCCUCCUGCUCCGACGCCGCCGCCCCCGGCGCGGCCGCCCCCGCCGCCUCGUCGUCGCCGCCCCCGCCGCACGUCAUCAAGCUGCACGAGCCGCCGCCGUGCUACGUGACGGCCACCGCGCGCAAGAGCCCCUCCGUCCCGGACCCGCCCCCGCCGCCGCCCCCGGCGCGAGGCUCCAGCGCCGCGUCCGCCCCCGGCGGCGGCAGCACCGUCAAGAAGCGCGUGCAGAUACAGGAGAUAUCCGUAUAG